AUGGUGUGCAGGAGGAAGUUGAAAAAGGGGACGCAUUUGUGGGCCGGCUGGGUAUUUCCAGCCAAUAAAGUUAUGCAGAGCUUUUUUACCACCACCCCUAGAUACACCUCUUACCAGCUUAGGUGCGAGAAGGGAGAUGUUUGCCUGAAGGCUGAGGGUACUCGCCUCCCACCCCUGGUCUGCCACCGUCGUUUCCCUCAACGAGGUUGGACAAAGCACCAGUAUCUGUGCUCGUACAAGCCCGCGGUCCGCUCCAAUAUGGCCAAGCAAAAUGGCGUUUACCUAGCCGUCAUCGACGCCCUUAAAGUCGGCCAACACCACCAGCCUGCCGUACUGUUGGGGAAGCAGAAGCGCUAA